AAUCAUUAAUCUGUACAAGAAAAUUAGAGAUAUAAUCAUACAACUUAAACAAGUCCAUUAAGCAAUAAUACCAAAAAAGAGUACACAUUUCUAAUUCCCUCACUCUCUUCCUUGUUGUCCAUCUCUAACUAAGCAAUUAACAAGUAAUUAAUUCUAUAGCCAUCACAAUUUGAUCAUCCCAAAGAAACCCCUAAAAAGGGAGUAUCAAUAUUCAUUCAUAUUCAUACAUACUAAUUACUAAUAGUAUUACAACAAUAAUAAUGUAGCCUAACUACAACUAUAUACCCACCACCACCUCCAAAUUCCAUCUUCAUGUACAUCCCCCAAGCCCCAAAAACAAACAAACCCAUCUCACUCUUGUUGUUAAUUCCAAAAGGGUAAUCAGUAAUUAACAACAAUAUCCAAAAUCAAGCAAAAAGAUUAAACCUUUACUCUCUUUUUAUCCCCUCUUUUUGGAUUUCCUUUUGUCCCCAGCUAGCUAGCUACUUGAUCAAGGCGAUCUCCAAGCUUGUAAUCCAAUGUCAUUGUGUCUCCUCGAUGGCCCGGAAGUUGGGAUGGGCAAAUGCCUUGGAAGGAAGUUUGUGAAAUGGCCGCCACCUUCCGUUUUGGGGUUCACCCUGAAGACGUUUGUUCUAGAGCCAUGGCUGUUUCCCACUAGUAAGAUGAAGAUGGUGAAGAACAGUAAGACCAUGAGGAAAUUCGAUGUGGGUUGGUGGUGAUGAUGAUGAUUCCUGCUUGGAUUGCCGAAUCGAGCCACCAUUUGUUAAAAGAUUGGAUUUUUAUGAUAAGGGUUCAGCUGUUUCCUUCUGGGUUGGGAUAAUGCAGGGGAGGAAAAAAAAACAGAGGAAGGAAGAAACAGGGGAUAUGCAGAGGUUUGGAAAGUUUAAUGAAAGAUGGGAGGGAAAUGGUGGGAGAAGAAAGAGAAGGGAAUGAAAUGAAAUCAAAAGGGCUUCUUUUUCAUGUUUUCUUUUUGGGAUUUGGAAGAAGAAUGGAAGGAGAGGGAAAAGAGAAGAAGGAAGCAGAGGGAGUUCUUUUGAAUGGGUCUUUUUUUGCUUAUUCUCUGGCUGACUCCUUUCUGCUGCUCUUUCUCUUUCGUAUAGUGAGAAGAAGAAGAGGAAGAAGGGAUAAAGGAGCAGCGGAAGCCAGCAGAAAAUUAGGCGGGGGAAGGAAAGGACACCAUAAAGGAGGAAAUGGAAAAGGGGAUGGGCUUUGUAAUGUAUUCCAACCCAAUUGAAAAAGAGAAGAGAAAAGGGUUUGAUAAAAGGAGUGGGGAAUGAAUAGUGACAGCAGAA